GUUUUCCUCUGGACGCCCAUGUUGAGUGCUGGGGCGCCGCCUUUGGGCUUUGUCUUUGCGGCUUACAUGGUGUGUGUGAUGCUUGGGUCGUCCGUAUUCCGCAUCGGCUUUUCGGACGGCCUGUCGAAAUCGUCCGACGCCUUGCAGCUCGCCGGUGUGCUCUUGUGCGUGUCCACGGCAGUGACAUCUGUGAUCGAAGGAGAUUACUUGUUCACGUUCUCGACGGAAAUCAAAUACACUGCAGCGUUUUUCAUGUUCCUCUUGCUGGAGAUCUCGGUCGGGAUUUAUUUCCCCGCGAUUUCGACGCUGAGAAGCCACGUCGUUCCGGAAUCACACAGGGCUGGGAUUAUGAACUGGUUCCGAGUCCCCAUGAACAUAGUCACAUGCUUCAGCUUGAUCCUGGCCAAAAAGAGCAACGCUCACAAGGUGUUUGCUGGCUGUGCACUGUUGGCUGUCCUUUGCAUCCUGGCUGCUCGUUCCUUACACCGGCGGCUGUUCGGUAAACAAUACUCGCCUUUGCCCGAGGCCAUUGAAGUUAAGGAGUCUGCCUAGGACUUCAUUUCUUUUUUGUUUCGCAAUAAUCCCGACUAUAUCCUGUGCCUUUUUUAAAAUACCUCUCUCUUCUAUUUUUUUUUUUUCCUCUUUGUUUUCCGCCUACAUCCGCGUAGAUUUGGAGCAGAGGCGAAAGGUUUUGGGAAAAUCGUCUUACGGACGUUUAGAUGAGAAGCAUGUAGCACCGGCGAAAGGGGAAAGCGGUUUUUGAGAAUUCAGUGAUUUUCUGUGGUACAGGUAAAACUUGAUGUUUCUGAGGUAUUCUCAGUUUGUGUGGUCUGUGUAGAAGCACUCGCCGAAUAUCGGGUUCCAGCGAAUUUUUAGACUUCAUACAUGAAGCGCAGCAGCAGUCAUUUUUAACAUGCUUUCUAUUCUAACAAUUCGCGGUAAAAAAGUAAACCAGGGUCACCGUACCCGUGGUCCGCAAAAAUUUGUUCUUCAGCAUCAUAAAUUUAUAAAAAAAAAAGUAGAAAUGACGUUUAUGUUAAUCAUUUUGACGUGAAAUUUCGGAAAGACAAUGGCAGCUUAAAUUAUCUGAUGAAAAAUAAAAAAGCUGGCUUUUCUCCUGAUAACACUUCAGACAAUUUUUGCCUGCUGAAAUAAAUUACAGUAUUUUAAUUUCUCAUCCCUAGGAAACUUUUUCCUCUUUUUUUAAUUUUUUGAAAAUAUUCCACUAGAGCUGCUUCAUUUGUUUGUAACUCAAUUUUUGCAAAAUGCAGAAACAUUUCAAAUGACUGCAAUGAAGUCUUUUGAACAAGAAUUUUUGGGUCUGCGAAAGUUUAUGUGAAACGUUGUUGGUCCUCAAUUUAAUUGGUUGUAAUUCAAUUUAAAGAUGAGUUUUUUUUUUCAAAUAAAAUUUAGUUUACAUUUUAUUGACUUUUACCUUUUUUAAGUGCUUUUUAAAUAUUUUAGAAAAAACCCCAGUUCUUCAAACUGCUUUUUGACUUCAGUUAAAUGCAAUCGUUUAUUCGUUUUUCGAUAAUGUAAAACAUACAAUUUCCGAAAAAUGUUGUGUUUGCAAGUUAUAUUUUUUAGGUGCAAAGGCCAGCGUAAUCUAAAAUUGGAAUUUCAGAGUGUUCUUAAAAAACCGUGGUGACAGCCAAUUUUCUGAGGAUAUUAUUUUACACCCAAUUUGAAUUAUUUGGGAAUAUUUUGUUGACAUACCGUAUUUAAUCCAUAACCGGAUUUUUUCGCUUUAUGUGUAUCAUGCCAAAAAUUGUGAAACGGGGGCUGAUUUGAGAGUGAGAAGCCCAAUAACACUUGGGAUACCAUGAAGAAAAUGGUUGCCUUGACAUUCAAAAGUUCAACAUGGAUACUCAAAAUCAUGUGGGAAACAUUUUUGCAGUGACUCUUUUUUUUUGUGUCUUCAUGCACGUUUGCUUGGGUGAUACAUUUUCGUCGAGGAGACGAAAGAAAAUACGGUUAUUGCUUAUUCUUGUGAUAGAAAAACUGUGUGAACGGCCAGUGUUUUUUUUUUUUCUUUCACACGGUGUGGAAAUUCUUGGUGCCUUAUGACAUUCCGCGAUCGCGAGGAAAUUUUUUUUGUUUAAAAUUUGAAAGCACCGAAUUUUUCUUUGUAAGUUUAAAGAUUUCUUUUUGCUGUUCAUUUUUUCGUUGGAGAAAAUUCCGUCUUCUUUUUUGGUGCAAGAAAGAGUGUUCGGUUGCUCGGAAGAGUUGUGGUGUCAUCAGUGAAGUAUUGAAAGCAAUUCGGUCUCAAACA